CAGUAGUUGGUUUUUGUUUGCUUCUCUCUCUGACCCUCUCUUUGUCACACUCAGUGACUCACUCUCAACCACGUCCAUAAAUCCUCUCUUUAUCUUUCUCGCUCAGCACACAGAUUCUAGAGAGAGAGAGAGAGAGAUGGACUGGAUCCCAAUUCAAGACAAUUGUUCUCACCUUGCUUCUCACUCAACACUUGGCUUGUCUCCCAUCUUAUCAUGCAUAUAUAAUUCCAUACUACUAUUCUGAGCUUUCCUUGAGUUCAUCACAUUCUUCAUUGAUUGCAUACAGUUCUUGCUUCAAAAUUCUGAACAAGAAAAACACAAACUUUUAGCCCCUGAAUCCAUCUUCUACCUUUCCUUCUCUCUCCUGCUUCCUCCAUUUUCACCGAGAACCAAUCUUUUCAUUCUCUCCAUCAUUUAAACCAUCUGGGUAUCGUAAAUCUUUGCCAAUACUUGUGAAUUUUACCAACCUUUUUCUUCAACCAAAAUUCUCUUCAGAAUGAUUCACACAAAGUCAGAAUCCGAUAUUACCAGUUUAGCCCCAUCAUCUCCCUCAAGAUCCCCAAAACGUCAAGCUUACUAUGUCCAGAGCCCAUCAAGGGACUCUCACGACGGGGACAAGUCCUUUUCAAUGCAGCCAACACCCAAUUGCAACAGCCCAAUGGAGUCCCCUUCCCACCCUUCUUUUGGCAGGCACUCCAGGAACUCUUCGUCCAGCCGGUUUUCGGGUAUUUUCCGGUCGGCUUCUGGGAUGAAAGGGGGCCGGAAAAGGAACGACAAGGGGUGGCCGGAGUGCAAUGUGAUCGUGGAGGAAGGGAAGUACGAUGAGUUUGAUGAUGAGAAGACGUUCACUAGAAGGUGUCAGGGGUUUCUGGCGUUUUCAAGCUUUGUUGUUCUGUUCACUGUGUUUUGUUUGAUCAUUUGGGGUGCUGCUAGGCCUUACAAAGCUGAGGUUAGCGUGAAGAGCUUGACAGUAAACAAUAUCUAUGGUGGUGAGGGCGCUGACUCCACUGGGGUCCCAACAAAGAUGUUGACCCUGAACAGCUCAUUGAGGAUUGGUGUCUACAACCCAGCUACAUUUUUUGGAAUUCAUGUUAGCUCAACGCCUAUCAAUCUCGUCUAUUCAGAGAUCCCCAUUGCAACUGGUCAGUUGAAGAAAUAUUAUCAGCCCAGAAAGAGUCACAGGAUCGUGUCGGUGAACUUAGAAGGAACUAAGGUUCCCUUGUACGGGGCUGGAUCAGGUUUGGUAGCCUCUGCCAACAAUUCUUAUCAAAUUCCCCUGACAUUGCAGUUUGAAAUCCAGUCGCGAGGUUACGUCGUGGGAAAGCUGGUGAGGACGAAGCACCGUGUCCAGAUUUCCUGCCCCUUGGUUAUCGACUCAACUAGCACCAAACCUAUAAAGUUCAACAAGGAUUCUUGCUUUUAUCUUUGAUGUUCUACUCGAUCCUCCAUCUCAAUAUGGAGAAGUUUCAAUUUUUUGUGGCAAUCAAGUGAUGCAAAUGGUUUUACCUAUGAUGCACUCUUGUAAGGCUCUAGCCAAUAAGAUGUGUGUAAUUUGUAUGUUUGCGUGUGGAGUAAUUUUGAUUUAUGGUUUGUCUGUAAACAUACCAUGGGAUAAGAUCUGUUGUGAUAUAAAAAUGUCAAUGGAUAGAUUGAAUAUUGAAAAUCUACAGAAACUGAGUAUUCUAUUAAA